AUGAUCAAAAGUUAUAGAACAAAACGAAGAAAAAUUCAAAAUGACUUUUUGUUAUUAAACUGUAGUUAUGAUUCUGAUAUAUCUCUUAUUAAUAAUAAUAGUCAUAAAGUAAUCAAUCAACCUUUGGAAAUAAUUAAUUUAAUAGAACCAUUGAGUUCGUCAAUCUGCAGUAGUGAUAAAAUAAGUCUACAAUCACAUGCACCAGUUAUUAAUGAUAUUUUGUCUGACAGUUUAUUAUUUGAAGACAUAAACAAAUUUGUAGAACCUAAUAAGAAUCUUGAAAACAUGUCUGAAACUUUUACGGAUACACAAACUUGUAAUGAAGAUAAUAAACCAUUGAAUAUAAAACUUAAAAAUUGGGCAUUAGAAUGUAAUGAUCCACAUUCAACUCUUAACAAACUAUUAUAUAUUUUAAAUAAAGAAGAUGACCCAUCAUUGUUUCAAACAUUGCCUUUAGACAGCAGAACGUUAUUAAAUUCAGGUUGUUCAAAAACCACAAAUAUUAUAAAUAUUCAUCCAGGAACAUAUUACCAUUUUGGUUUAAGUGAAGGCAUUACAAGACAUUUAUUAAAAUUCAAACAUAAUGAUGAGGUUAAAGUUAUAAUUGGUGUUGAUGGUUUACCACUAUCAAAAAGUAGUGGUAGUCAAUUUUGGCCAAUAUUGGCCUACAUACAUCCUCAUUCUAAUAAUGUUUUUCCUGU